AUACGACUGCAGCAGAGGACGGUAUCCUAUCUGAGGUAGCGAGCUAUCUUAAUUUGGCAAGCUUUUUUUUCAUUCUUUUUGUUCUUUUACACUUUACAGAAACGGAAGCUCCAGUUAAGCCCAGAGCAAUGUAGCAACUUUUAUGCAGACCAAUAUGGAAAAGUGUUUUUUCCUAAUUUAACAGCCUAUAUGAGUUCUGGACCUUUAGUUGCUAUGGUUCUUGCUAGACACUGUGCAGUCUCACACUGGAAGGAAUUGCUUGGACCAUCAAACAGCAUACGAGCUAGGAGAACUCACCCUCACAGCUUAAGAGCAAUCUAUGGGACUGAUGAUCUGAGGAACGCACUUCAUGGCAGUCUCAGCAUUUCCUCAGCAGAAAGAGAAAUUCGAUUCAUGUUUCCAGAAGUGAUCUUGGAGCCCAUUCCAGCUGGACAAAGAGCUCGGGAUUACUUGAACCUUUACAUAAAGCCUACGUUACUAGCUGGGCUCACUGCACUGUGUAAAGAGAAGCCAGCAGAUCCAAUGACUUGGCUUGCUGACUGGUUGAUUGAACACAACCCUAAUAAACCUAGGCUGCAACAUCACGUCACUGUGGAAGAACAUCAAGGGUGAGAGCUCAGUGGAAACCGUCUGAAGCAUUCCGAGCUACAGAUAUAUAUUAUCAUUUUCAGUGUAUCCCUUAGCUAUGUAAUCAAUAUUAUCUGAAGUAAAUGUUAUUGUCAUAA